CGCGGGAAUCAUAAGUGGAAGCAGCAGAUACAGAUAGAUCGAUGGAAGAAGAAGAAGAAGAAGAAGAAAGCAGGAAGAGUGCGAGCGGCCAUUAAAGGGAGGCCGCCCAACGGCCCAAACAGUAGGUGCAGUAAAGUUUUUAACUUCACCACCGUGGCCGUGGAGCCGAUCGAGCAAGCAGAGCACCACCACAGGAAGGGCCAUGGCCGCAUUCAUCAUGCCCAUCAAUGGAUCACUCAAGUAAAUUAAUGCUCCACCUCCCCUACCCUGCUCCGCCUUCAUUUCCGAUCGAUCGCCCCUAGGCUGGCUAGCUUCCUCCACCUUAUAUACCUACCUCCAUCAGCUUCCUUCUUCAUUGCCUCCCUCCACUCUCGCUCAUCCCAUCCAGACUUGAUCGAUCGAGCGAGCUAGUAAUUAGCUAGCUAACGACGACGUACGAUGGCGGCCGUCGACAAUGGCGCGGCGGUGGUGACCGUGACAGGCAGUCGCAACGUCGCCCCGGGCGCCGCCAAGUGCGUCCUCGCCACCUUCGACCUCCCCUACAUCACCUUCUACUACAACCAGAAGCUGCUGCUCUACCGCCUCCCCAACGGCGCCUCCGACUUCCCCGACGCCGUCGCCCGCAUGUCCUCCGCGCUCUCCGACGCCCUCGCCUACUUCUACCCGCUCGCCGGCCGCAUUCGCCAGGACGACCACGAUGGGGCGCUCUCCAUCCACGGCCAUCACGGCGCCGAGGUCAUCGAGGCCACCGCCGACCAAGUCUCCGUCGACGACCUCGCCGGAGAGGGCUGCUCCGAGGAGGCGGAGAAGGUCAUGCAGAUGCUCGUGCCGUACACCGGCGUCAUGAACCUGGAGGGCCUGCACCGCCCGCUGCUCGCCGUCCAGUUGACACGUCUGCGGGACGGGGUGGCAGUGGGAUGCGCCUUCAACCACGCCGUGCUGGAUGGCACGUCCACGUGGCACUUCAUGUCGUCCUGGGCCGAGCUGUGCCGCGGCGCCGGCGCGCCGUCGCUGCUCCCGGUGCACAACCGCGCCAUGGCUCGCUCCGUCCGCGUCAACCUGCCGCUGCCGCCGUCCGCCGAGGCGCACGAGAAGACCGACCCGAAUGGCCCCAAGAAGCAGCUCGUCGCCCGCAUCUUCUCCUUCCCGGCCUCCGCCGUCGCCCGCGCCAAGGCCACCGCCAACGCCGCGCUCCCGCCGGGCGCCAAGCCCUUCUCCUCCUUCCAGUCUCUCGGCGCCCACAUCUGGCGCGCCGUCUCCCGCGCCCGCGGCCUAGACCCCUCCGACAUCACCGUCUUCGCCGUCUUCGCCGACUGCCGCGCCCGCCUCGACCCGCCCGUCCCGCCCGCCUACUUCGGCAACCUCAUCCAGGCCGUCUUCACCGGCGUCCCCGCCGGGAUGCUCCUCGGCGGCCCCACGGAGCUCGCCGCCGGGCUGCUGCAGAAGGCCAUCGACGAGCACGACGCCGGCGCCAUCACCCGGAGGCUGGAGGAGUACGAGGCCGCGCCCAAGCUGUUCCACUACAGCGACGCCGGCCCCAACUGCGUCGCCGUCGGCAGCUCGCCGCGCUUCCGGGUGUACGACGUGGACUUCGGGUUCGGGCGGCCGGAGCGCGUGCGCAGCGGCGGAAACAACAAGUUCGACGGGAUGGUGUACCUGUACCCGGGGCGUGGAGGCGACGGCGGCAUCGACGUGGAGCUGUCGCUGCAGCCGGAGCCGAUGCAGAGGCUGGAGAAAGACGAAGACUUCCUACUCAUGCGAGCAGCUUAAUUAAUUAUUUUUAUUGUUCGUCCUAAAUAUAAUUAUUGCAGUUUUACCUUUUUAUUUGGUUAGUUGUUGGAUGGAUUCGUUGCUAGCUACUCCAGUACUACGUACUUAGUAGUAGAGUAUAUUAUAAGUAAUAGAGAGUGUGUGUGCAUGCAUGUCGUAUUAUGUUGGUUUUGGUACGUAGCCACAUAUAUGUGGAUUUGCAUAUGGUCCAGACGCUAAAUAAGGAUCGUCCAUUAUAGUUUGUGUACUUAUUUAAUUAAUUAAGCCCCAUGCAUGAUGGUAUAUCCUGCUGCUUAAUUGAUUGUAAUGUAACCUGGAAUUAUUGUAAUGGUGAUUUACACUCCACACGUACGGUUCA